UCGGCCGCGCGCCGCCCUGGCGUUCGUAUCGCGCGCUCGCGUCACGAAAAUGGAUUGUGUGUGCACAUGUGAUCUCGAUUCGGUGUAAUUUUGUGACGGUACUGUUGCGGUGAAGCAUGAUGCCUCUCGCACCGACCCCUGUGGUGGCGGUGCCAUCGAAGCCGAAGAUCGGCUUCAGUAUAGACAGUAUAGUGGGGGGUUCGGAGCGGCCGCGGGCGGCGUCUCCGUCGCCUGGUAGCCCGGGGUCUCCGUCGCCGCUGGCUUCGCCGCGCAGUCCUUCGCCGCGGCCGUUGUUGCGGCCAAGCGCGUUGCCGGCGGUGUUCCCGGCGCCGGAGUUGAAGCGGCUGCCGUACCUGGAGGCUCAGAGCCAUCACCAGCAGUUCCUGGCGCAUUUCCAGGGCGCAGCGCUGGCCGCCGCGCUCGCCCACCAGCAACAAGGCUUUGGCGCACCGCUUCCGCCGCACCCUCCGCAUCACCCCGCCGCCCCCGUGCCUCGAGAGUCUUACCAACUGUACCCCUGGCUGAUCAACAGGCACGGCAGGAUAUUCCCCCACAGGUUCCCCGGAGGUCCAGAUAUCCCCGGAUUCCUGCUGCAGCCGUUUCGUAAGCCGAAACGGAUCCGGACGGCGUUCUCUCCAUCACAACUUCUGAAAUUGGAGCACGCGUUCGAAAAGAACCAUUACGUGGUUGGAGCGGAGAGAAAACAGUUGGCACAAGCACUCAGCUUGACGGAGACGCAGGUGAAAGUUUGGUUCCAAAACAGAAGAACGAAACAUAAAAGAAUGCAGCAAGAAGAAGAAGCAAAAACUGGCACCAAAUCUGGUUCCUCUGGUAGCAAACCUGAUGAUGGGAGCCAGUUCAACAACUCUUAUGACGAAGAUGAAGAAUUAAUCGACAUGGAUAUGGAUGACCUAAGUGAGAGUGAAAAUGAGACGUAGAAUAGUGAUAGACAGGACUAUGUAAAUAUUAUUUAUAAGCAAAUUAUUCUUAUUUAUUUCAAUACUAAUCUAUUAAGGCGUCUCGUAAUUAAAUCAUUCCUUAUUUAUGUUGGACAGAUUCAAAUUAGACAACGACUCCGAUAAAAAAAAAAUAACGAAUUCAAACAUCAAUUUGUUUCAAUUCAUUGCGCGAUCAUUUAUUUAAUUCUAAACAAGUAACCGUGUCAUUAAAUUAACGGGAUUCAAAAUGGCGUCAGAACGAUUCUUGUUAGCGCGUCACGAAUUAUUAGAUAACAAAAUUGGGGUCCAUUAUAAUAGUUUGGGGGUAUUAAAUUAAUUAAAAACUCCUUUGAUGCGUUCUUCUAGUGAUGUGGGUAUAAUUAGAUGGUUUGAUUUUAAAUGCUGAUUAUGGUUUGGAGCUGUCAACGUUAGAGUGGGACGGGUAUAGGGUAACAAUAAGAGUGAGUGAGAGAGUUGAUAGUCUAUGGUUAGCAUCGUUUGUGGGCUGUUAUUAAGAGAUGUGUAUAGGUCGGUAUCAGGCGCUAGCAUCGCGUCCAGUAAUUGCUCGCGACGAAAUCAAAUUGUUUUUAAACUGUUGACGAUUGUUCCGGACGGCUAUUUGUCUAUGGCCAGUAUUAGCGAUUAUGAUCUCACGUUCUCGUUUGUUUUUGACAUGUAUUGUGAGAUUGUUUCACGAAGUCAUUUAACAAUGUCAAAAUAUAGGAACGCACGGAUAAUUUAAUGUACAAUAUCGGUUUUCGUUAAGAUGGUUAACCUUCUAUUAUGUGGUUACGUAGAUGAUUUGAUUACAUUUGUAAAAUAAAAGAAAAUAUCUCGAAUUUCUUUAGUAAACAUUUUUACACAAUCAAGUACUUAAUAUUUUAUUUAAAAUAUUACAAUAAUUAUUAUCAGUGCAUCGUCAACCUUAUUACUAAAUGAAAUUCAAUAAAAGGGUAACACUAAACCUCAAUUACUAUACUGGCAACACCGCCACCCACGUGUCAACGCGGAAACGUCAAGCGACGCCAUUAAAGUUGCAUUUUUAAUUAGUGGCAGGUAUUAAGCGACCAUUGUUAAAUUAAUCGUUUAAUUUGAGGUCGCGGGAGCGUGGCGGUCGGCCGUGUAAACGCAAUAACUUGCCCAGCUAAGGCAUUGUUUGGAAUUCUUAAAGUCGACUAAUUGGCGAAUUUCUUGUUUAGUAUCGAUUUUAUUGAUAUAAGUAUACGUUGGGUAUAAAAUUACAGAGAGAAUUGCAAUGAUUGAAAUUGUUUGCUUAUGAGAAUGUUUAAAAUUGAAGACAUCUUAAUGACGUCAUUGUAUUUGAUCUCUUGUUAUUGGAGUGUAUUUGUAUAAAUAAAUCAAAACAAAUGAAUCCCAAGUUGCUUUUUUUCUUUUGUUUUUAAUAAGUCAUAAUAUUAGGGAGGCGCGGCACUGCCCUGUCAGGCCAGAAAUUAAUAUCUUUAAAAAAAUAUUAAAAUAAAGCUAUACUAGCUUUUGCUCGCAACUUCGUUCUGAAUAAAA